AUGGCUAGAGCAUCUUCUACCAAAGCUAGAAAACAGAGACAUGAUCCACUUUUAAAGGAUUUGGAUGCAGCUCAAGGAACAUUGAAAAAAAUCAAUAAGAAGCUAGCGCAGAAUGAAGAUACUAAUAACGAUACUAUUAAGGGUGAAGACGGCUAUAUAGACUCUAAGGCAUCAAGAAAGAUUUUACAGUUGGCAAAAGAACAACAAGAUGAGAUCGAAGGUGAAGAACUAGCUGAAUCAGAAAGAAACAAGCAACUCGAGGCCAGAUUCACCACCAUGAGCUAUGACGAUGAAGAUGAGGAUGAAGACGAGAAUGAGUUUGAGGAAGAUAUUUCAGAUUUUGAACCUGAAGGAGAAUACAAAGAAGAGGAAGAGAUUGUUGAGAUAGACGAAGAAGACGCUGCAAUGUUCGAGCAAUAUUUCAAAAAGUCGGACGAUUUCAACUCAUUGAGUGGUAGCUAUAACCUUGCAGAUAAGAUCAUGGCCACGAUUAAAGAAAAGGAGAGUCAGCUGGAAGAUAUGCAAGAUGAUGAACAGAUUUCUAAUGAACAGAAUACGUCGAGAGGGUAUAUGACAUCUGGUUUGAAAAGUGGGGAAGGUGUUGCAUUACCAGAGAAGGUGAUCAGGGCAUAUACCACGGUUGGCAGUAUUUUGAAAACCUGGACUCAUGGAAAAUUGCCAAAGUUAUUCAAGGUUAUCCCAUCCUUACGAAAUUGGCAAGAUGUCGUAUAUGUUACCAAUCCAGAAGAAUGGUCGCCACAUGUUGUUUAUGAGGCAACCAAAUUAUUUGUAUCUAAUCUCACUGCCAAAGAAUCUCAGAAAUUCAUUAAUUUAAUUCUACUUGAACGUUUUCGCGAUAAUAUCGAGACCAGUGAAGAUCACUCUUUGAACUAUCAUAUAUAUCGUGCAGUAAAAAAGUCGCUUUAUAAGCCAAGUGCUUUUUUCAAAGGUUUCCUAUUCCCAUUGGUUGAAACCGGCUGUAAUGUACGUGAAGCUACGAUUGCAGGAAGUGUGCUUGCCAAAGUGUCCGUUCCAGCUUUGCAUUCUUCGGCAGCAUUGAGUUAUCUUUUAAGGCUACCCUUCUCUCCACCAACAACUGUUUUCAUCAAAAUUUUGCUAGAUAAGAAGUAUGCCUUACCAUAUCAGACAGUUGACGAGUGCGUUUAUUACUUUAUGAGGUUUAGAAUUUUAGAUGAUGGUAGUAAUGGGGAAGACGCUACAAGAGUGCUUCCAGUAAUAUGGCACAAGGCUUUUUUAACAUUUGCACAACGUUACAAAAACGAUAUCACCCAAGAUCAAAGAGACUUCUUGUUGGAAACUGUUCGUCAAAGGGGCCAUAGAGAUAUCGGUCCUGAAAUCAGGAGAGAAUUAUUAGCUGGUGCUAGCAGAGAGUUCGUUGACCCACAAGGAUCCAACGAUGAUUUGAUGAUUGAUGUCAAUUGA